AUGGCCUCCACCCUGCCGAAACUCCCCAUAUUCGAGGCCAUCGCAAGCCACGACCCCCAUUCGACAGCUGUUAUCCACUCAUUGUCUGGGAGGAGGUUUCAAUACGGCGAACUCUUGGGAGAUGUUCGCAGGGCACGCGAUGAACUGCAGGCCGCAGCAGGGAAGCCGGCGUUGGAUGGCGAGCGCAUUGCUUUCCUUGUAGAGAAUAGCUAUGACUACGUAGUGACGCUGCUCGCCGCUCUCGCCGCUCGAUCAAUAGCCGUACCGCUCUCGCCAGCUUUCCCCGCGGCAGAGCUCCAGUAUAUCCUCAACCAGAGCGAGGCCUCGCUACUCGUAUCAUCCUCCAAGUUUUCUGCAAAAGCGCGCCACGUGCUCGCCACCAACCUGGCGUCAAAGCCAGCGCAACUCGAACUGCAAAAGCACAUGGGAGGCGCCGCCCACGAAGCAGUCCAGCUGGAAGGCUCCGACCCCAGCGAUGCUGGCAUGAUGCUAUAUACUUCUGGCACGACAAAUAGACCGAAAGGUGUUUUGCUGCCCCAGUCUGUCCUCACAGCGCAAUCGAAGUCUUUGAUCGAGGCAUGGGAGUACACCCCCCAAGAUCACCUGCUUCACGUCCUCCCUCUCCACCACAUCCACGGCACAAUCAACGCUCUCCUGACGCCUCUCUUUGCCGGCAGCACCAUCGAGUUUCUCUUCCCCUUCAACCCUGAUGCUGUCUGGAACCGGCUCGCCGCGCCCUUUACGAACGCCUCCACGUCCCCCGCGAAGGAAAAGGUAACCUUCUUCACCGUCGUGCCCACAGUCUACUCCCGCCUCCUUUCCUCCCACAAGUCUCUCCCCGAAGCUCUCGUCGAGCCCACCCGCGAAGCCGUCUCCCCACAGAACAUGCGCCUCGCCAUCUCCGGCUCCGCCGCCCUGCCGACCCCAGUCAAGGAGGCCUGGCGCCGCCUCUCGCGCGGCAACGUCUUGCUCGAGCGUUACGGCAUGACUGAGGUCGGCAUGGCCCUCUCCUGUGGCCUCGCCCCCAUUGACCGCGUCGACGCCUCCGUCGGCUGGCCGCUCCCCUCCGUCGAGGCCCGCCUCGUGGACACCGACACGGGCGCCGUGAUCCACGAGGGCGACCGCAUCGAUGCCGAGGGCCGCGAACGCGCCGGCGAAAUCCAGCUGCGCGGACCGACCAUUUUCAAGGAAUAUUGGCGCAACCCUACCGCCACCGCCAAGGAGUUCGUCGCCGACCCCGACGGCCGCGGGCCCUGGUUCAAGACGGGCGAUGUCGCCGGGGACAUGUACUUCAUCCAGGGCCGCCAGAGUGCCGACAUCAUCAAGACGGGCGGCGAGAAGGUCAGCGCCCUCGAAGUCGAGCGUGAGCUGCUGACGCUGGACGUGGUUGCCGAGGCGGCCGUGGUCGCCGUCCCUUCUGGCAAGUGGGGGCAGAAAGUCGGCGCUGUCGUCAUCCUUGAUAGGGAGGCGCUGCCCGAGGGCAAGACGUGGUCGCCGAUGGACAUGAGACGGGCACUGCGGGGACGACUGGCCAACUACAAGAUCCCGCAGGUCCUGAAGGUUGUGGACCACAUUCCCAGAAAUGCCAUGGGAAAGAUUAAUAAGAAGGAACUGGUCAAGGAGGUGUUUGCGGACCAAUUCAGCGACGAUGAGCUGUAA